AUGUCGGCUGCUCAGGUCCCACGUAACUUUAAGCUCCUCGCCGAGCUCGAGAAGGGCGAGAAGGGCAUGGGUGCCUGCUCAUAUGGCUUGGAAGACCCCGAAGACAUCUUCAUGACCAACUGGCGAGGAACUAUCUGGGGACCUCCCCAUGGCCAACACGAGAACCGAAUCUACGAGCUCAAGAUGGAGUGCGGUCCAAACUAUCCCAAGGAGCCUCCCGUUUUCCACUUCGUCAGCCAGAUCAACCUUCCCGGCGUAAACCAGCAGGACGGCCGUGUCGACCAGAACGCCGUCGCCAUCCUCCGUGACUGGGAGCGCAUUGCGACUGAGCUGUCCAAGAACCCGCGACCUAAGGAGGACCCUCUGAGCCUCGAGGCUGCUCUGAUUGCGAUAAGGAAGUACAUGGACGAACAUAAGAAGUUGCCCCAACCUCCUGAGGGCUCCAAGUAUGCCAUGUACAAGUAG